AACAUAUCAGCUGCGCAUCCACCUCUCCUCCGCUUCUCCAUCGCACAUCAGCGCCUGCGCUCGGUAGAUGACCUUCACUUCGCCUUUCAAUCUUUAAUCUGCGCGCAUCCGCUAUCAAAUUCAACUGUGCAUACUCCUCGAGGGAGCUCCGGGCCCAUUCUUCGCAUACACAUUCCUCGACAAGGCAGCUAGCCGCACUGCAUUCGACAACAACCACUGCGAGCGCAUAGCCAUAGAUAUGUCGCGCAACGAAGCGGUGUCGCCGCUGCGCAUAAACAAGACGCCGACUGCCUCUCCUACCAAGGGCAGCGGCCGUCCGCUCUCCGAGAUUGGAUCAACAGAGCACAGGAGGAACUCUCCAAGCUUCAACCAGGCAACAAAGAAGCCCUUCCUGAAGGAGCACUCUCCCUUUCGGGAUUCCUCGCCAUUCACAAACAGCCCACGUUUGUUUUGGAAGGAGCAGACUGUGUCGCCCAAAAGCCGCUUCGAGUCGUCUGAGAACGAGUACGAGGGCAGCUCGCCAGCACUGUCACCCAAGCGCAACUCGAUCGAGAACCUGAAGAAGCAGUCGCGCGUCAAGAACAGCAGCAUGUUCGCCCGCGAGCAAAAACACGAGUAUGAUCCCACCGCUGUUCAAUCACUUGAUCGCCCCCUCGCCGCCGGACGAGCCUUGAACACCGCAGUGCAGGGCAAUGCCUACGGUGGCGACGGCCUGGCCGGGUUGCGCAAAGAGAAUGACAGCUUCAAAGGCCACCGCCGCGGCGAGAGCCAAACCAAGAUUCCCACCCUGAGCCCGUUCAAGCCAUCGCCUACCAAGCAAUUCACACAGCCCUGGGCCACGUCUCCCUCAAAGGACAAUGAGGGCCGCACUUCUCCGACCAAGUCAUCCCUCGUCAGCAAUGGGCGCUUCAACUCGCCACAGUACAAUGCCGACUCAAGCAUAAUGUCGGAAGACGAGGAAAUGACGCAUCAGACGCCCCGCCCAUUGCGCCGUCAUGCUAAGAGUGUGACCUUCGACACUGCUCCACCUACAAUCACCGAGUAUGAGAUGGUCACACCUGAUCCUUCGGCGGCAUCUGGUUCGCGCGAGGGAAGCUACGAGUCUGAAGAGGACGAAGAGAUGAGCUUUGAUCUCGACGACAGUUUCGAUGCUUCUCUAGAGGACACCGACAAGACGCCCGUCGUGUUGCCUGAGGACUGGCGUCACAUGAGCCCAGAGGCCGCGAACACUUCGCUCACCGAUCUCUACGAUGAUGUUUUCGACGGACGCGAAGAGAGCCCUAUGCCAAAUAGUGCAACAAACGGUUCCCGCUUAGGGUCAGUCAACUCGGAUGGCGAGUCAAGGCCACUUCCCCCGCUUCCUGGCAAUCAAAUGCAAGACGACAGCCGACGACGCGACUCCAGCGUUGGCCUCUCAGCUGCCGCGGAGCGAGCUGGCGAUGUACGACGCUCUCUUCCUCAACCUCCUCAGGCUGCGGGCAUUUCCAAGUCUGAUUUGCUCAACAUGCGCGAGAGCUCCAUGUCCCUUGAGGACAGGCUACGUCUAAUGAACUUCGAUGAUGAUCGCGACAUAAGCACUCCAACGCAAGAGAGCCAUGAUAAGAAGGUCGAAGAGGUUGUGCAGGUGCAGGUGCAAGUGCAGGUUGCAGAAGUCGAGGUGACAGAGUCGGAGCUCACGCUUGACGAGCCGCAAGCGCCGCGCAUCUCCCGCGAGUCGAUCCUCCGAAGGGUCAAGAGUGCCAACUUUGACGACUAUGAGGACAGCUACAACUACGACCUUGAGUCCAGCCCCGAGCGCAGCUAUGGCGACCUGGCAGACCUGGAUCCUGAUGUUCCUAUUCCUUCCCGCGAAUGUUCUUCCAACUUCGAUGAGAACCCGUGCCAGCUUUCUACUGUCGCUGAGAGCGAAGCGGACAGUGUCAUCGAUGCGUAUAGUUUUGCUGAGAUGACUGAAGCCGACGUCUCGCAGUUUGACGACCAGGAGCGCGAGGGCUCUAUUAUCCGACAUCCAGUAAACAAUGAGCCCGAGCAGGAUGAUGACGCUAGCGAGUACUCCCUGCAACCUGAAGAGCAGCCAACUUCCCAGAGCACUAUCGACUCUUCUGGCCCGCCAACGCCUACAGCUUUGGCCUCUCCGUCUGCUGAAGAAAAGCAAGCGCGGCAAGAUGAGCUGUUCGCUUCGUUCGAAGGCAAGGAGAUGGACCUAAGUCUUGAUCCUCUCAAAGCAUCGUUGGCUAUUGCACCAAGCCCAUUGGAUACCGCUCCAAAACUGGAUGCGAUGCGUGAGUUCCUACGGAGGCCCGCUACUCCUGAGGGUAAUGAGCAGGAGGAGGCCGAAUCAGAUGAGCCUGGGACGCCUGACUCCGUGAUUCGACAUCCUAUUGUUGUUUCACGACCAGAGCCAGACUCGUCCCCAGAAAUCCCUGAGCGUGAAGCUACCAUUCGAGGUGCCGGUGGGAAGCUCAAGACGCGGCCUUCCCUAAUUCCAGACGAGAUUGACAUGGCCGCCACACGACGACAUGUCAGCGGUGAGCAUCCUCCACCGGUCCCUGAACGCAGUUCGAAGCGUCAGUCUCUCCUCCUUGAGGUAGGUCACGUUGAUGAUGAGGACUCUCAAUUCAGCAUCUCAAACAAAGAGAACCGGAUGCUCGACCUCAACAUCGGCGAUGAGUCCAAUGAUCUCAGCUUUGGGCUAGACAAGGAGUUUGAUCACAUUAUCGAGGCACAAAAGAAAGGAUACCUGAUGCGCGAGAACACCAAGGUCGUUGUGGCCAGCAGCCGGCAGUUCAGCGAUGAGAAACCACCUUCAGACGCCGAGGUCCCUGAUGAGAAGUCUGCCAAGGCUAGCCCUCGCAAGACGAGUGCGGAGCGGAAACCUGCGUGGACAAAAGAACCCUGGAACGGCAAGUCACGACGAAGGAGCAUUCGAACAACAUCUGGUCGUAGAGUUCCUACUUCUAGCGGCCCUGCUCCGCCUCUUCCAGGUCAAGAGUCUGCCGUCACUGGUGGAUUAGACUCUGUCGCUGAGCAAGGCGACGAAGAGUUCGAAGACGGCGAAGAGCGAGGACGAGUGUUUGUCAAAGUCGUCGGUGUCAAAGACCUAGAUCUGCCUUUACCAAAGACGGAACGCUCGUGGUUUCAACUCACGCUGGACAAUGGUUUGCACUGUGUGACCACUUCAUGGCUGGAGUUGAGUCAGUCUGCGCCCAUUGGGCAGGAGUUCGAGCUUGUCGUUCUCGAUGACCUUGAGUUCCAGCUGACGCUUCAGACCAAGCUCGAGCCUCCUGCCGCACCACAGGUUGUUGCUGCUCCAGCGAAGUCAAUCAACCACAAGAAGUCGCACUCAGCCUUCCGCAACCUUCUUUCAUCUCCCAAAAAGCGUAAAGAGCAGGAGAGGAAAGCCCAAGAGGAAGCUGAUCGCCUAGCGCUUCAACAGCAACAGGAAGCGCAAGCGGCGGCUAAGCGCAACCACCAAGCGACUGCUUGGGAUCUCCUCCAUGACCUCGUCGGCCCUGAUGGUUCCUUCGCCCGUGCAUACGUUUGCCUAAACACCCACGAAGACCAAGCCUACGGUCGCCCUUAUUUAGUCGACAUCCCAUGUUUCAACGAGUGGGCUGUCGAUACCACAGGCGUAAGCAGUGUCAAGAGCAAGCGUGGUGGUGUUGUGCGUCGCCCACCUUAUCGUGUCGGUAAGCUCACUCUGCAGCUGCUAUACGUUCCCAAGCCGAAAGGUGCGAAAGAUGAGGACAUGCCGAAGAGCAUGAAUGCUUGUAUUCGCGAGCUCAAGGAAGCCGAGCAGGUCAAGGAUGUUUCCUGGGAGGGUACUCUCAGCCAACAGGGUGGCGAUUGUCCUUACUGGCGUCGCCGCUUCUUCCGAUUGGAAGGCACCAAGCUCACAGCAUACCACGAGUCUACCCGACAACCGCGUGCUACGAUCAACUUGGCAAAGGCAAGCAGACUUGUUGACGACAAGAGCGCUCUUCAACAACCAUCUUCGACCAAGGCCGGUGGUCGACGCAAGUCUGGCUUUGCCGAGGAUGAGGAAGGCUACAUGUUCGUCGAAGAAGGGUUCCGAAUCCGCUUUGCCAACGGCGAGGUCAUUGACUUCUACGCCGACAGUCGCGAGCAGAAGGAAGCCUGGAUGAAGGUUCUCGCUGAGACCGUAGGGAAAGACCUCGCUACGAACAAAGGCUGGGCCGCUAUGGUGCUGGAAAAGGAGCGCAAAGAAAAGGCCGCGCGAUCACAAGCUGGCGUUCCUCAACAGAAGUCGAAGCCUCUCCAAGAAAACGUCAAUGCAAACCGACCGCAUCACCAGCGCACGCAGUCUCACGAUACGUACGGCCAGUCCAGCAAGUCCGUCCCGUCAAGUCCUGUCAAACGCCAUUCCCGGACACAAUCAGACGCUCCUCCGCCGCCGAUGAAGGAUGUACGUCUCUCGCAAGCACCUCCUCCUAGGCCGCGAACCCAGGACAGUGGGCAGGUGGGACGUAGGGAUCAGGUUCGAUCAAUGAUUUUCUAGGCCUUUUCUUUGCCCCCAUAGUAUUGAUAUGGGCACACACACACACUA